GUGCUGUUCGCGUAAUGUAGCCUAAACGCUAAAAAGGUCAAAUAAUGUGGCCAUUUUCAACGAUGUGCAAGUUGAAUAUGACGGGGAAUAGGUCUAUUGAAUCUUAGUAUACGGCAGGCUAGUAAGAUAUAUAUAAAAUAUAUAAUGCGUCACUACUCUGGGUACCCAGAAGCUCGCUUCAUGCUAAACGGACACUGGUGUACACAGGAAGUGGCUGCUAAAUCGCCCAGCAGCUGCCGUGACUCAGAGAGAAGCCUAUAAAUUGGCAAACGAUUUUCUGCCUAUCUAUAGUGCCAGGGCCCGUACUUGUGGGAAUCUGCAUAACAUCUCAGCUUCAGCAUGAGGAGAACGCUAGUUUUCUCAUUCUGGUUCUAUUCACUUACUGUCUGUGGACUUUCAACUGGCCCUUGGAUUGUCCCUAAACUCACUCAUGACAAACAAAAUGAAAGUCUCUCCAAAGGAUCUUCUGUGACUUUUACAUGUGCCAUUGGUGACCCUUCCCCAGAGUGGCAGUUCCUCUGGUACAGAGUAGUUCCUUUCAGAGAUGACUUACCUGCUGACUCACACUGGUCUGGCAGAUCUACAUAUUCCCUGGAGCUCCUGUCAGACAGCAGCAGAGGAGCUGGAGGCUCCUACAGUCUGAACUUAACUGGCCCUGAGCACAGAGGGUUCUAUGUGUGCAGAGCAAAGAAAGAAGAGCCGGUUUAUUACACCCACCACAGCAACCCCCUUAUUCUUUGGUUCUCUGAUCCUGACUCUACAGGUCAUCUGAGUGUCAAUCCAAACAGGUCAGCUCUCUUUAUGUCUGAGUCUCUGUCUCUUAGCUGUGCAGGAAAUGGAACAGAUUGGACUCUCCGUCGAAUCACAGAUUGUAUGGAGAUCUCCCAGUGUCCUUUCACUAGAGGAGCAUCAUCCUGGGAAAACGGCACAUGCCACAUCAAAGCUGUUUCUCAUUAUGAUGGAGGAAUAUACUGGUGCCAGUCUGAGUCAGGAGAACUCAGUAAAGGCCACUAUAUAGAGGUUCAUCAUCAUGAUGCAAAGGCAUACGUCAUAUUUGUCACGGAUACCAGGCCCACCAUAUACGACAACCGUUUCCAGUUUGAAAAAGGAGAUUCUGUAAAUUUGCGCUGUGUGGUAGAUAGUUACUUAGUAGGCUGGAGGUUUCUCCUGUACAGAGUUGUUCCGUUCAGAGAUGGGCUUCCAGAAGCUCCACACCGGAGUGGUGCGGCCAGGCAGUCUCUGGAGCUCCUCCCAGGCAGUAGCACACACGCUGAGGGCACACUCACUUUAAACCCUGCUGCUCCUGAACACUCAGGCCUCUACGUGUGCCGAGCAGAGAGGGGAGAGCCUGCAUACUACACCUACAGCUCCCCUAUGUUGAUCUGGAUUAAAGAUUCUUCUCCACAAGCCUUUCUGAGCAUCCAACCCAGCAGAACACACUACUUUGAAAAUGAGCCAGUCUCAUUCUGCUGUGAGGUGCAAACCAAUGUCACUGGCUGGAUUUUAAGAAAAUAUCUAAAUAAGGGAAGAGGUUCAAUGGCAUUCCCACUGAUUCAAGAUUCAAUGACUUUCCCACUGGAAAAGGAAUCAUCUGGACAAAAAGCUGUGUAUAACAUUGUGUCCCUGAAUACUUCAGAUAAUGGAGACUACUGGUGCCAGUCUGAAUCAGGAGAACUCAGCAAUAUUGUGAGCAUAAGAGUAGAGAAGAAACCUUUGGCAUAUUUAUAUGGCCCUCCAGAGGGUUGGCUGACUGCAGGAGAUUCUGUGUCUUUGCGCUGCAGUCUAGGCCAGUACACCUCAACCUCUGACCCAAGGUGGAGAAUCCUCUGGUACAAAAUUGUUCUUUACAGAGAAGAGCUGCCCACUUUUACAGACAAAGAGAGCAGCUCUAAAUACUCCCUGGAGCUCCUCCCAGACAGCAGUGGAGAUGGAGGCUCCUACACCCUCAACUCAGUUGGCCCUGAGCACUCUGGUGUCUAUGUGUGCAGAGGAGAGAGAGAGCAACCUGUUGAUCACACAGAAUAUAGUACACCUAAACUUCUCUGGGUUAUAGAUCCUUCCCCUAAAGCUGCUCUGACCAUCAAUUCCAACAGAACUCAGUAUUUUCAGUCAGAGUCCCUCUCACUGAGCUGUGUGGCGCAGGACAAUGCCAGUGGCUGGAGUCUGAGGCGAUUCACAUUUUAUUACCCUUCCUCUCUCUCAGGAUGUCCUUUCAACAACACAGUGACUAGGGAUCAGUCCACGUGUAACAUCAGCUCACUUGAUGUGGCAGACAGUGGAGUGUACUGGUGUCAGUCUGAAUCUGGACAGUAUAGUAACGCUGUCAAGAUAACAGUGAAUCAUAAUCCUAGACCAACGUUAGAUGUAUCACCAACCUGGCCAGCUAAAGGAGAUACUGUUAUUCUGAAGUGUGAUGCGUCAGGAUCCUCAUCUGGCUGGAGAUUCCACUUUUACAGAGUCAUUGUUCCAAUUGAGGAAGUUCUCCCUUCAGAAGAUACCAACUUCUAUUCACAUGAGCUGAAAUUAUCAGAAAACUCUACUGAGCUCCUCUCAGACAGCAGCAGAGAGGCUGGAGGCUCCUACACCCUCAGCACUGUGGGUCCUGAACACACAGGGUUCUAUGUGUGCCGAGCACAGAGACCAAAUUCAUUCUCUUACACCCCUUACAGCAACCUUAGGCAUCUGUGGGUAAAAGAUCCUUCUCCUCCAGCUUCUCUGAGCAUCUAUCCACGCACGUCACCAUUCUUUGAAGAGUUUGAGUCUGUCUCACUGACCUGUGAAGUGAAGGGCAAUUCCAGUGGUUGGACUUUGAGACGGUUCACAAACCACAACAAAGCGUCACAUUGUGCUUUCAAGCAUGAAGCAGUUACUUGGGAUGAGAGGCCAUGCAAUCUAAUGUUAACGUUUGUAGAUAGUGGACUUUACUGGUGUCAGUCUGAAUCAGGGGAGUACAGCAAUGCUGUCAAUAUAUCCGUACAUGGUCAACCAACUCCACGUCUUCAAGUCACCCCCAACAACUGGGGAACUGAAGGAUCUUCCUUGACAUUGACCUGUGAGGUCAGAGGCUCCACUACAGGCUGGAGUUUUCUCUGGUACAAAGUUGUUUCACCAAAGAAAGGGUUUCCUGUUGAAUUUGACAGCGUCACAAGGUUUUCCUACUCUCUGGAGCUCGUUGCAGACACAAGCAUGGGAGCUGGGGGCUCAUACCCCCUGACCCCGGCUUCUCCUGAACACUCAGGUGUUUACGUCUGCAGAGGGCAGAGAGGAGACCCAGCCUACUACUCACAGUAUAGUCCACAUCAGCUCGUCUGGGUCACAGGUCCUUCACCCUCUAGUUGGCUAAGGGUCAGUCCCAACAGAACUGACUUCCUUCAAUCUCAGUCUCUGUCACUAAGCUGUAAGGGGCUUGGGAACCUGGCUGAGUGGACAGUGAGGCGGUACACAUCUGGAGAGCUUUCAGACUGUCCUUUUAACUCAAGAUCGGGCACUUGGGCCGAGUCCACGUGCAACAUCAGCUCUCUAGACACAUAUGACAGUGGUGUGUACUGGUGCCAGUCUACAUCUGGAGAGCUCAGUAAUGCUGUCAACAUAACAGUACAUGAAAAAGAAGACUUUAAGAGUCGGCUGGAAGUCAGUCCAAAUCACUGGGUGACUGAAGGAUCUGCAGUGACUUUAAGCUGUUCAGUUGGAGCCCCCUUUCCUGGCGUGAGGUUUCACUGGUACAAAGCUGUUCCAGUGAGUGAAGGCUUACCUCUGGUCAGCAAUCGUGGUCGAUUCCGUGAGGCUAAAUACUCUGUGGAGCUGCUGUCAGACAGCAGCAGAGGAGCUGGAGGCUCCUACACUCUCAGUUCCUCUGCUCCAGAACACUCAGGCCUCUACGUCUGCAGAGCCGAGAUAGAAGAGCUGGCCGCUUACGCUGAGUACAGCCAUCCUGUGCUCCUUACAGUAACAGGUCCCUCUCACUCUGUCUGGCUUGAUGUCAUUCCCAGCAGAUCCCAGCAUUUUGUAUCUGAGCCUCUCACUCUGGCCUGCAAAGCACAGGAUGCUGCAACGGUUUGGUCAGUGAGACGAUUCACUUUAUCAAAGGAGCUGUCAGACUGCCCCUUUGAUAAGAAAUCACAGAUGUUGGAUCCAUCCACAUGUAACAUCAGCUCUUUAACUCUGUCAGCCAGUGGGGUGUACUGGUGCCAGUCUGAAUCUGGGAAACGCAGCAAUGCUGUCAACAUAACCGUGCACAGUGGCAAUGUGAUACUGGAAAGUCCAGUGCAUCCCUUGAAAGAAGGAGAGAAAUUAACACUCCGCUGUUUAGGCCGAAAAAGUGUCAAAUCAAACCUCAGUGCCACAUUCUAUAAGGAUGGAUUACAUGUGGCGAACCAAACCUCUGGAACAAUCAUGCUACCAAACAUCUCUAAGAAAGACGAGGGGUCCUAUGUUUGUGAGAUCGAAGAGAAAAUAAGGUCACCUGGAAGCUGGGUCUCAGUCAGAGUUGCACCUGGAAACAGCCACAAGGACAACAUGAGACUGAAAACAAAGUAGGCUACCAUAAAUACAAAGACAUACUUUAAUAUUGUUGUCACGUUUAAUUAUCAGCUAACCAUGAAUGUUUUGAUUAUAACUUCAAUUUGUAAAUGUAUUUUUAAUGUAUAAAUAUAUAAAGUGGAUUUUUAAACAG